AUGACAAUUGAUACCUGGAAGGAUGUCAGCCAUGACACUGACCCUCCACUAAAUGUACAAAAGCCUCUUGAGCUCAUAUCUAGAUUGUUUGUUCAGCGCAAGUUUGAGAAUGCCCAUCAGGAAUGCAUACGUCUUUUGGAUCAGUUUGAUAUUCUCACUUCCGACCAACGUAAUGUUUUAUUGCUGAUGCUUUUGCGUAUAUCUAAAGAGGUUGGACAAUGGAAUGAAGCCUGGCAAAAAGUAUGCCAGCUCAUUGGUGGCAGCGGUAUGCUUUCUGAAGAGCUACUACUGCUUGGAUCGCUGAAGAUGCUCAAGGAAAAAGAAUACAAAAAUACUCUUGAUCUAAUUGAGACAUGGCUGACUUGUCAAACAGAUGAGUAUAUGGCUCGGGUAGCUUCCAAUAUGCAACCAUCAGCACGCAACUAUCGUCGUAUUGUUGAGCUGUACCUCUUGUCCCUUGUAGGAGCACACGAUUAUAGUGCUGCAUUGGCAUUUUUGCAGUACAAUACCAUUCUUGGAUCUCAACAGAAAAAAACACUGGAAGAGUAUGUUGUUCAAUUGCAAAAUGAGGAAAAGGCUUUGCUUACUCCAGUUUCAAACACUAUCGAGUCAACAGUAGUCGAAUUACCGCCAGUCACAACAGAUCUGAUAAAGCCCACUUUCAAAACUCGUCGUGAUGAAGGAUUCUGUGAUCCCAGUGUCCAAUCUAUUAAUCAAAUCAGCUCAUCAACUGAGGCAAGUUUCACACAACAACCUGUCUCUGAGCAGCCCUCGACAAAUAUUACUCCAGUAUCGAAAAUCGCACCCAAAUCAAACUCUAAAACGAUACUGGCUCGUAUUACUGAAACAAUGAUUCGGUAUGCCAAGUACUCCCAAAAACGGCAUUGGCUAAUUUCGGGCAUAUUCGUUAUGUUGAUUCUGCUAAUGUGGAUAUCACGCAAGAUGAGUAUAUUACAGCAUAAAGGCGUGAUUUAUCGAAUCUUGUCAAUUGCUGGAAAUCGAUUAUUGACUACAGCACGGAUGGGAAUAAACGCACAAUUUUAAUGGCAGCC